AUGCCGAUUACGUCGCCUCGAGCCCGGCGGCCGUCGCCGUCGGCGCCCUUCUCCUCCGCAAUGCCUCCGCGCCGUGUGUCUGUGGCAUCUGGGGCCUCUGAGGGCGACGCUUGCUCGUCCGACCCUAGAUGCGGCCCGCUUCCGCUGAGCGAAGUCUUGUCUCUGCGCUUCUCAGACGGCUCCUUCGUUCUCUCGCAUCUUCACGGUCUCCUGCGUCGGCGCCUGCUUCUCGCCUGCCGCGGCUGGCUGCACACGCCCCUGUCGCUCCCGGCCUUCCUGUGUCCUGUCUCCGCGUCGGGCGCGGCGGGGUCGGAGGCGGGGGCGCCGAAGCGCCAGGGGCCUGGCGAGGGCCGCGGCGCCGCCUCCUCCGCAUCCGCUGGGUCGCCAUACUCGGCUGCCGCCCUUCCUCCUGGUCUCAGCCGGCUGGAUGCGUCUCUCCAGGCCUCCUCGUCGCCUCUGCAGCGGUGGAAGCAAGUCGUCUCCUCGGGGUCUUCGCCGCAGAAGGCCGCAUCGCCGGAGGUUCAGGCGCCCCCCGAGGACCGCCGGCAAGCGCCUGCGCCGCACUCUGUGGAGGCUGUGGCUGCCGAACUGACGCGGAAGUUGAGCUGCUGCCUUCAGCUCAAGGAGAAAACCAGUGUGCUGCUGCUGGGCCCGCCGGGCUCGGGGAAAACCGCCGCCCUCGAACUCGCACUGAACACCGUGCAGAAGCUCGCGCGUGAGCAGCGCGAGCACCAGGUGUACGUACACCUGAGGCGCGAGGAAACGAAGGCGGAGGAGGACCGGAGUCGCCGUGACUCCCGGAAGUCCGCGUCUGCCGCGUCGUCCCCGUUGCCUCGCAGCGGCCCGUCCUCGUCGUCGUGCAUCUCGUCUCCGCUCCGCCCCGCGCUGCCUGCGUCAUCGGCGAGUUCCGCGGCGCACGCGGCCUCUGCGCUGGCGUCUGCGGCGGGCACCUCGCUGCUGCCGGAUCUUCUUGUGAUUCGGCUCUCGUGUCCGCUGUACCGUGACGACGCGUCGCUGCUGUACGCGAUCGUCUCGCAGCUCGCGCGAGACUUGCGCUGCCAGAAGCUCCCCUCGCCCUCGGCGUCGGUCGAGGAGCUGUCUGACACGCUGCGGCUCAUCUUGGAGGACAGCUGCUCGCUCUUUGGUCGCGCCGUCGUCAUUGUCUUGGACCGAUUUGAGCUCUGCUGCCUCGACGCGGGCGGCGAGCGCCGCCGGCAGCAGCUGCUAUACAACCUCUUUGACUUGCAGCACGGCAGCGACCUGCAAAUCUGCACCGUCUGCGUCUCCGCGGUCCUCGACAUCACCCAGCACAUGGAGAAGCGCAUUCGCAGCCGCUUCUCGCUGCAGACGCUUUACGUCGCCGGUCCCAACGCGCUGCCCGCCUUCUCCGCCUUCCUCGCCCAGCGCCUCUUGCGCCUCCGCGCCAAAGACCUCCUACGCGCCGCGCAGGCCGCGACCCGCGCCGAGCGAAACUUCUACGGCACGCUGAGGCUACCUGCCACCGCGAAGCAGGACGCCGGGGGGUCGUGCAGCCGGAAGCUGCUGAGGCGCGCGGCCGCGGCGGCGGGCGACGGCGACGCCGCGCCUCUGCACGAAGACGAGGAGGAAGACCUUGCCGCCGCUACAGAGGAUGGCGGGGAGGUGACCUGCGAGACGAAGAGCCGCGACAGCGGCGGGCUGGCGCCGCGGACGCCGGCCUGCGUGGCGUCGACGGUCUUCGAGGAGCUCCUCCUGCAGCCGCUGUGGGAACCGACAGAGGAGGACCGGAGAGCUGCGAAGCUCUUCGCGCGCGCCUUCCAGGCUGCCGUCGCGGAGGAAUUCGCCUCGCCGCGGUUCCAAGAAGUCUUUUUUAGGAACUUUGCGCUGGGUCGCGGCGCGCGUUGGUUUUUCGUGGAGAUCGUUGACGGCCUUCUCUCGCUCUCGCUGUCGUUGCAAAAGGCGCUGGACGCCGCCGUCUUCGCGAGAAGCGCCUCCAAGGCGCCGCUCCUGAGCCCGCCCCUGAGCCCGCCCCUGAGCCCGCCCCUGAGCCCGCCUCUGAGCCCGUACCGCGAGCAGGGCGCGUCGCCACUCUCCGUUGGCUCGCCUGCGUCGCCCGCCUUCGCCUCCCCGCUCGAGCUCUCGCCAGUCUCUGCUCAGAAGCGCGGGACGGUAGAAGAAGCCGCCCUUCCUUCGAUGCAUGCGGAGCAUCACGGAACGCCUAAAAAGCGACGCAGACCCCGCGAGGAGGAGGGCAUGCCCGCGCGCGACUCGCCCUUUCGCUCGCCGCUGACAGGGGGAGACGCCCGCGGGUCGCUGCUGCAGCGCCGAAGCCGCGAAGCCGAGGAGGGAAGAACGGAGUUCGAGAUACUCUUCGGCGGCCUGCUCAGAGACAGGAAGACGACCGUCUUUUCUGAGUUGAGCCUCUCGGAGCACCUGGUUCUCGGGGCGAUGACACGGCUGCAUGCGCACAAGCGCGCCCCGAAGACCUUCCACGCCGUCGUCGAACAAAUCGCCUUCCUCUACGCAGACCUCGAUUUCAAACUUCAGCAGCCCAGUGCUGAGGGCCUGCGUCGCGCGUUUCUGCGUCUGGUUGACCUCGGCGUGCUGCACCCGUGCAGCUACUCGCUGCAGACCGUCGGCCUCACAGGCAUCGCCGCGGAUCCCUCCGGCACCUUUGUUCCCUGCAAAUUUCCUGAUCAUACAGCAUACCGGCAGACGCUGGACUCGCUGAAGAUCCCAGGGGCAGUGAAGGAAUGGGUGAGGGCGUUCGAGUUCAGAGACUUGUGA